GCCACAAGCAUCAGAUUUCUGGUUGUGAGAGAGAGGGGGGAUAGCGCUCGCUUUAUUGAGAGAGACGGAGAGAGAGAGGGCAAGGGAGAAACAACUCUGGACGACUGAAGACUUGCUGCUGCCACAAAUACAUAAAGACAGAAACAGCCCAAGAAAAACAGCUAAAUACAUCUGUAAAAGUUACAGAUUGAGCCAUGGACGGGAUGGUUGCAUUUGGACGCGCUUCUCUCCUGUGCACCUUGCUGCUUUGCUUUUCAUUGCAAGUGUGCUGGGCCGUCGUGACAGUGACAGUGACUCCCAAGGUGGAUGUGAUCAAGGGAGAGUCAGCCAGUCUGCCCUGCACCUUCAAAAUCCCCACCUCCCCAAACAGCAUCGUGGAGUGGUUCAUUGAGGAGGGUGGCACCAGGAAGCGUGUUGCAUUCCGUUCCGUGUCGGGCGGAGAGGGGAAGAGUGAUGAGGGGACACGUCUGUCCGACAGAGUGACCAUGGGAAGGGACUUCUCUCUGACCAUCUCCCCCGUGACGGUGGAGGACCAGCUGCCCUUCUACUGCCAGGUCACUGCUGGCCCUGCCGGGGUUGGAGAGGCCAUCACACAGCUCAAAGUCUUCUUCGCUCCAGAGAUGCCAGAGGUCACUGGAUCCAACCAGGCCAUAUCUGUUGGUGACUCCUCCACACAGGUGGGCCAGUGUGUGAGCCAUAACGGUCACCCCCAGCCCAGGAUCAUCUGGUUCCAGGACUCUAAGCCUCUGCCUGAGGUCAAGGACCACAAAGAGAAGGUGUACAUGGUGCCGUCAGUGGUAAAGGAAGCAUCAGGUCUGUUCACCAUCACCAGCACCCUGAUGAUGCAGCCCCAGAAGGCUGACAAGGACAGCGUGUACCACUGCACCGUGGAGUACAGCAUGCCCAACGACAUCAUCAAACAGAUCGACUCUGACACCUUCUCCCUCACCCUCAACUAUCCCUCUGAGACAGCAACCUUUGUCCUGGUGAACACUGAGCCAAUCAGAGAGGGUGACGAGGUGAAGAUGAUGUGUGAGACAGACGGAAACCCUCAGCCUGAGAUUGAGUUCUCCAAGGAUGGGAUAAACAUUAAGGAAGGAGUUGCAGGGGGACUUUUGACUCUGAAGUCCGUCAAGCGUUCGGAUGCUGGGGUGUACAAGUGUAUGGCCACCGACUUUGAUAACCUGGAUGCUGAUCUUAAUGGAGAAGUCACCCUCUCUGUCCACUACAUUGACCCAAUGAGUGUGAGGCCUGCUGGUCCAUUGUCGACAAUGACGGGAGACAUGGUGGAGCUGCAGUGUAAGACCAAGGCCUCAGACUCACACACCGUCCAGUGGAAGAAGGGCUCCACGGUGCUGUCCCAGACUGGUGUCUUGUCUCUGAAGUCAGUGACAUUCGCUGAAGCUGGCGAGUACUCCUGUGUGGGCGCAGUGCCCUCUGUGCUUGGGCUCACCUCCAAGGCCAGCGUCAAUCUCACCGUCUCAGGUAAACCUGAGAUUGAUGCAGCUGUUGAUGGAAUGGUGGAGAAGGAGGGAGACAUGGUGACUCUGUCCUGCUCUGCUCACGGACACCCUGCCCCACAGUUCACCUGGACACCCUCAGGAAAGGAGUCAGUGUCGGUGAAGGGUAACAAGGUGGUCAGUAUGGUCAUGCUGGAGGCCAGUGCUGCUGUCCUGAAGGACGGGGCCACCUGCGAGGCCAGUAACGACCACGGCGCAGCCUCCCAGGCCUUCAAAGUCACCAUCAAACAAGCCGUCGAUCCCAACGCAGCCAAUGAUGCAGGCAGAGGGAACCAUGUGCUUAAAACAGCUGAUAAGCAGCAGGGUGGCUCCAGUGGCGUGGUGAUAGCCGUGGUGGUGUGUGUCCUAAUGCUGCUGCUGCUGGUGGCACUCCUCUACUUCCUCAACAAGAAGGGCAAGCUGCCCUGCAGCAAGAAGGACAAUAAGGAAGUGGCAAGUGGGGAUGUGAAUAAUGACAUUGUGGUGGAGAUGAAGACAGAAAAGGCCAAUGAAGAGGCUGGCCUCCUGAACAAGCCAGGAGCACAGCAGUGAGGAACAGAGGAGAAUAUGACACAAGAAGACAGAACGAGAGGGAUGAAGGGAUGGAUGAAAAACGACGGCUUGUAUUAUUUUUGAUAGAGGGAGAAGUCGGACUGAGGGAGAAAAGACGGUGGAAUGGAAGGGUGUUUUUGUAGGGAUGUGGGGUAACCAUGGGGGUAACC